GCCAAUGCUUAUACGAAAAUGCUAGAUAAUAAUCACCGCAUCCGGUCAGCAAGUUUGGCCACUCCAGGACACCGUAACGUAAGGACCCCAGUGUAACGUGACCACACCAUCACGCGUAUCUGCAAGAAUCUGUCCCAAACGUGCUGCCAGUAUGGAGGGAGAGCCCCUCUCCACCCUGUGUACCCCUGCUCUGGUAAACGUUUAUCUGGACAAAGUGAAGAGAAAUGCAGAGAGGAUGAUUGAACGCUGUCAGAAUUUAGGGGUCCAGCUUCGGCCACACAUGAAGACCCACAAAACCCUUGAGUGUGCUGACAUUAUGACGGGUGGAUCACGGAGGUGCAUUGUGGUUUCCACACUCGCAGAGGCCUGUUUCUAUGCGGACCACGGAUUUGAUGACAUCGUCUAUGCAUACUCUCUUCCCUUCGAUAAGGUGGAGCGCUGUGCAGCACUGUCAGAGAGGCUGGAUCUCUUCCAAGUUUUACUGGAUCAUCCUCAUGCUCUGGAUCAGCUCAAAAAGAGACCGCUGAAAGACGGCCGGCUGUGGCACGUCUGGCUCAAACUCGACUGUGGCAACGGGAGAGCUGGUGUCCUGCACUCAGAACCUGAGGCGCUCAGAUUGGCUCAAGCCAUCGCCGAGACGGAGGGCGUGGAGCUCACAGGAGUGUACGCUCACUGUGGGAACACCUAUAACUGCAGAGGAGUGGAGCAAAUACAGGCCGUCGCCCAGGAAACCACCGACUUGACUCUGCAGUUGAUGGAAAAACUGAAGGCUGUCGGCAUCACCUGUAAGUCCAGUAUUGGCUCCACCCCUUCCUGUAGUCAUCCGGUCAAAGACAUGGCGCAGCUCAGCGAGGUGCAUCCUGGAAACUAUGGCUUCUAUGACGUGCAGCAGUCAGUGAUUGGCUCAUGCAGUCUGGAGGACGUGGCUGUGAGGGUUUUGACGAGGGUCAUCGGACACUGUCCUCACAGGAACCAGCUCCUGAUUGACUGUGGAUGGAGUGGACUCAGUCUAGACGGAGCCGGAAAACUUCCCACUGGAUAUGCUGUGAUUGAAGGACACCCAAACCUCAAGUUGUUAUCUAUGACCCAGGAGCACGGCAGAGUGGAGCCCAUCUCAGGACUGCUGGACUACAGCAAAUACCCCCUGGGCACUCUGCUCGCACUGAUCCCUUACCAUUCGUGUGCAAGUGCGGUGAUGCAUCCUGUGUACUAUGUGCACUCUGAGGGCCGUCUGCUGGGGAAGUGGAUACCGACACGCGGCUGGUGAACGAGCUAGCUCAAUGAACACCGGUUGAAGGAAUUCUUGGAGCGAUUUAUGUCAAAUCUAGUUUCUUCCAAAAUUUAAGUGUAGAGGAAUUUUAAAACCACUGAUUAAGUUACACGUACUAAUUGUGUAGACCUAUUCUCCAAGUGUUGUAUAUGAAGGGUUUGAAUAACAAAAGGCUUUUAGACUAUGUUGUCACCUCAUCGUUUCAUCCAAGCCACCAAGCUGUGUUUUUGAAAGAGUUGUAUGUGAAUGUCAAUAUACUAAGACCAAGACAGCAGCGACAAAAUGCAAGUAGGCUGGGGUCAGUAUGUGAGCAGGUACUGGAGGCUGAAACAAUAAACACAAAAUAAGCACGUGUUAUGACUCUUGUCUAUAAACAAUGUAGCCUAGGAAUGUUUGUUUUAACCUUCCGCUUUCAGGGGUGUUCAUUUAUUUUUGAAUAACCAUUAUUUUGUUUUUUGCACAAUCUUCAGUUUUGAAUUAUCCCUAAAUGUAAUUACUGAAAAAGAGACGCUUUGCUGUGUACUGCAGAAUAACAGGCGCUGAUUACUACAUGACGGACCUAUGUAUAAUCAGUAAGUAUAAUGAUCAUUAGCCUGUUGAAGGGAAUUUAUAAUAAAUUAUCCCUCAUGAUGAGCUUUUAUGGACAAAGUGUACAG